CACGCGUUCCGACCACAGGUCCGCUCACUGAAUCUCACUUGUUGGAAAACGAGCUGAUCAGUAAGAAAAACGUUAUUUUGGAAUCUAGCUCUGCUUUGGCCAAGUAGAAUUACAUCUGUCGAUUUCUGAGGAGAGAGGAAACAAGUUAAGGAAUCUCAUUUUUGUAGAGAGACCAGCGGGGAUAUGAUUUGAAUCAAAGGGACGAACAGAACUGUUGUCCCCUAACAGGAUGAACCUUCUCCCGCUUCAUGCCGCUAUAUUGCUGUGGGCUUUGAGCCCCAGUGUACAGAACCACUGUGAUAAAUCAUCCGAGACAAGCAAACUGAAUCUCUCUGUGACCUACGAGCUCCCAACCUUCACUGCAGACUUCCCCAUCCAAAACAUGGUCACCCUGGAUGACAUCAUCUACGUUGGAGCUGUGAACAGAAUCUAUGCCUUGGCCCCGAACCUCACAAAGCUGUCUGAGUACCACACAGGGCCGCUGCUGGCCAGCGAGGUUUGCGGCCUGACACAGACAAGAACGGGCAGUACUGGCAGGGUUGACAAUCACAAUAUUGCUUUGGUGGUCGAGAACAUUUACGACAAGGGAUUGUACAGCUGUGGUUCAGCGGAUAACGGAGUGUGCCGCCGUCAUGUUCUGGAUGAAGGCUAUAGCCUAAAAGGUGUUGACGAGGAUGUCUACUGCUUCGCGGACAAGGUAAUGCCAGGCGAGGGUCACCCCAUUGAUCCAGAUGUUGUUGUCAGCCCAUCAGGUUCUCAAGUGCUCAACGUGGAGAGUAACGUCAUCACAUUUUUUGUUGGGAACUCUGAGAUUCCAAACGCCGGAAGUAUUUCAAGCAAUGCCUCGCGUCCGCACACUAUCUCACACAGGAAGAUGAAGACAAGCCAAAAUGGCUUCACUUUUUUUUCCAACCUUUCCUAUAUGGACCUGAUCCCAUCCCUCCAAGGAAACUACUACCUGCGGUAUGUUUACUCCUUCCACAGCGGACACUUCACCUACUUCCUCACAGUGCAGCAGGUCAGCAAGGACACUCAGGCCUACCACACUCGCAUAGUUCGCUUGUGCUCCUCAGACCUCGUGAUUCGCCGCUAUGUGGAAAUGCCCCUAGAAUGCAUUAGCACUGACAAAAGACGCAGACGCUCCACUAAGGAUGUGAAGGUGUUCAACAUCCUUCAGGCCGCCCACGUCACCAAGGUAGGGAAUGACGCAGAACUGCAGAGGCAGCUGAACGUGGAAGAAGGCGAAGAUGUGCUAUUUGCCGCCUUCGCUCAAGGAAAGCCAGACUCUCCGGAGCCAACCCCCAACUCGGCUGUCUGCGUCAUGUCUCUGAAGCACAUCAACAACAUGUUCAAGAUGUACAUGCAGAGGUGCAACACAAUCGACCCGUACCACUUCACUGGCUCAGACAAGACGUCCUGCUAUAAUGUGACUUCCUCAGAUGAUUGCGACCCCCAUGAAGGAAUCGGUGAAGGAAAAGAGGGCAAAUACCACCUGCAGGUGACCCAGUUUGUCCAGAGGCUGGAGUACUGGCACAAAGACUUGAAAAACACCUUGGUCACUUCAAUUACAGUGGUUCCAGUCAAUGGUCGCACUGUAGCGUACCUUGGAACAGCAGAUGGACGACACAUACAGGUACUGUUCUCCAGAUUUACGUCUCCCCAUGUGAACAUCGGCCUUGACUCGAGUCCUGUCUCUGCCAGUGUAGUACUGCCAGACUCGGAGGGAGCAGUGCUGAUGGCCACAGGGAACAAGAUCACCAAGAUCCCCCUGAUUGGCCCUGGUUGUGGUCAGCUGACUACCUGUACAUCUUGCUUGCUGUCAUCGAGAGUGACUCAAUGCGGCUGGUGUGAUGGCCGCUGCACCAGAAGGAACCAGUGUCCCUCCUCUUCCGUGUGGGUUCAGAACACCUGCACACCAGUCAUCACUAAGGUGUUCCCAUCCUCUGGACCAAUUAGAGGCUCUACAGCUCUGACGAUUUGUGGACGUAACUUUGGUUUCGACAAGACAGAGAACUUCAAAGCCUCAAUGGUGAACGUGGAAGUGGCAGGAGCACCCUGCAAGCUGACUAAACAAGACCAUAUCAACAGAUGGACUGAGAUGCAGUGUUCCCCAGUGUUCAGUGGGAACUUUACUCCAUCCGGACAUUCAGUGAAGGUUACCAGUGGCUACAAGGUGUCCAAAUUGGAAGGCUUCAAAUUUGUGGACCCAGUGAUCAACAACAUCUUUCCCACAUUUGGUCCAAAGUCUGGAAAUACCAUGCUGACAAUCAGAGGAGAUUUUUUGGACACUGGAAACAAACCAGUGGUGACUGUAGGGACGGCAAGCUGUACGAUCCAGAGCCGGUCGCCCACCAUGCUGAUCUGUAAGACGCCGCCACACACUGUUCCCUCUGAGCAGCCGGUGAAGCUGACGGUGGAUUCAGUUGAACGCCAUGCGCCUGUGCUGUUUACCUACAACGAAGACCCCAUCAUCAGCAGCAUCCAGCCCUUACGCUCCUUUGUGAGUGGAGGCUGCACAGUAUCGGCUCAUGGCUUCUACCUCCAGUCCGGCCUCCAGCCCCAGAUGGUUCUCACCACCGGUCACAAUGCUGCAGUCUUCCAUGUGAGCUGUGUGUAUGGUGAAAAUCGGACCUCCAUCCAGUGUACCACACCUUCUCUGGCUAAGCUUGCCUUGCAGCCACCAGUGGUCACCAAGGUGGCGUUUUCCUUAGAUGGCUACUUAACGGAUCAGAAGGACCUGAUCUACGUAGAGGACCCUCUGUUCCAGGACCCCAAACUUACAUCCAAAGACAACAAGAGCAUCGUGGAGCUCAAAGUGAGGGGAGAUCGGAUGGACAGGGAGGCGAUGAAGUGUCAGGUCUUGACCGUUUCCAACCACAGCUGUGAGAGUCUUACCGUAAUAGGAAACACACUGGAGUGCACCGUUCCCACCGAACUGCAGGCUGCCACGGCCAAGGAGCUGCAGGUGGAGUGGCGCCAAGCGGGCUCCAUCAGGCAUCUGGGCAGGGUGACGCUGGCGCAGGAGCAGGACUACACAGGCCUCAUCGUGGGCUGUGUCUGUGUCAGCUUCCUGCUGCUCCUUCUGGGAACGGUGCUGAUGUGGAGGAGGAACAAGCACAUUGAUGAUCUGUCUGAGGUGUGGUAUGAUGGCCGGGGUCACAUCCAGCAUCUGGACAGGCUGGCUAAUGCAAGGAGCGUCAGCCCCACUAAUGAAAUGGUCUCCCACGAAUCCGUCGACUAUAGAACAACCCUGCUGGAGGAUCAAGGUGUCGACAGGCCUGAGACAUGUCGGGCAGCUCCUCCCAUCUACAGAGCCAAUGGGGAGCUGCUGUCUCCCAGACUGGGGACACUGGGAGGUGGGAUAGGCUUGGGUAUGGAAGGUGACUUGGUAUCACCCCUCUUGAUGGCUCCGGUCCAUAUUGACCCAUCCUGUCUUCACCCAGACCUGCUGACUGAAGUGCAGCAUGUGGUGAUAGCCAGGGAGCAACUGCUGCUUCACGUCAAUCAGGUCAUCGGCAGAGGCCACUUUGGUUGUGUUUUCCAUGGAACGCUGCUGGAGUCAGAUGGGCAGAAACAGCAUUGUGCCGUCAAGUCCCUAAACCGAAUUACAGACUUGGAAGAGGUUUCCCAGUUUCUGAAGGAGGGUAUCAUCAUGAAGGACUUCAGCCACCCCAAUGUUCUCUCUCUGCUGGGCAUCUGCCUUCCACCUGAGGGUUCACCGCUGGUGGUCCUGCCCUACAUGAAGCAUGGGGACCUGCGCAACUUCAUUCGCAAUGAAGGACAUAACCCAACAGUGAAGGACCUGAUGGGCUUUGGGCUGCAGGUGGCCAGAGGGAUGGAGUAUCUCGCCAGUAAGAAGUUUGUCCACCGUGACCUGGCUGCCAGGAACUGCAUGUUGGAUGAGAGCUACACAGUAAAGGUGGCAGACUUCGGCCUUGCUAGAGACGUUUAUGACAAAGAAUAUUACAGCGUUCACAACAAGAGCGGUGUCAAGCUGCCCGUCAAAUGGAUGGCUCUGGAGAGUCUCCAAACACAUAAAUUCACCACCAAGUCAGACGUGUGGUCUUUUGGAGUUUUGCUCUGGGAACUAAUGACACGUGGAGCCCCACCAUACUCUGAUGUGAACACCUUUGACAUCACCGUGUUCCUCCUACAGGGGAGGAGGCUGCUGCAGCCCGAGUUCUGCCCUGAUGCUCUCCAUACGGUGAUGAUCGAGUGCUGGCAUCCAAAGCCGGAACGCAGACCCUCCUUCUCCGAGCUGGUGUCGCGCAUCUCCGCCAUCUUCUCCAGCUUCAGCGGCGAGCACUAUGUACUCCUCAACACCACGUAUGUCAACAUUGAGAAGAUGAGCCCCUAUCCCUCCCUUCUCACCUCUACAUCAUCUUCCUCGGAUUCCUCCUCUGAGCCCUCCACCUCCACGUCCCUACCCUCCCACUCCCCACUCCUUUUUCAAGUGGAGCUUGAGUACUGCACCUGAAAGAGGAAGGUGAAGUUGGCAAUGGUCAUCUGAAAGACAGGCUAAGAAAGAGAGAAAGCAAGGAACUACUACUGUCUAUACUUGCCAAACACUGAACACUGUGUGCUAAAGACACCACAGCCUUCAAUUUACAUAGAUUGUGAUCCUUUGGAAAUCUCAAUCUGACAGUGGUCUGCCUAAAGCAGACCUGCUUGACUCCCACCACAAACCUCAGGGAGCACAGUUGCAGACUUUUACAGGCCAGAGGAACCAUGUGUAAAAGAUUUCCAGUAGACAAAGCCUUCCUGGCAAAAGCACAUCUCAGUGACCACUGCAUAAAUGUUUUCUCUCCUUGUGAUGGCACACACUUCAAGAAAACAAUGUUUCUCUUCAUCUUCGAACUCUGCAACAUGAAUGCAUAGGAAAUGGCCAUGUAUUCAUGUUGUAUAAACCUCUCUCUCCUCCAUGAACAGAACUUGAGACAGUGCAGCCUGCUGUGAUGGAUUAUGAUGUCUCUGGUGCUGGAGGAAGUGGGAAAGGCAGGAUGUGUAAAGCGCCUGCUGCUGUGUGUAUUUCACUGGAUGCUUUAUUUGUAUACUUACUCUUGGUAAAAGAGCUUUCACAUGCUUGGGGGGCAAAAAAGGUUUAGAGUAUGGUUUGCCUGUGUGAAACACCCAUAUGCUCCCUCAGUUAAUCAUCUGCCAAAAAAACUACAGUUGUCACACUUGAAAGAGCUUGGAUGCCCCCCUAAGGAGCCAUGUCGACAGUUUUUUGUUUGUUUUAGAGUUUUUUUGUUGAAGAACUAACCACAGGUAAACCACACUAGGUGUUUUGUUUAAAUGAGAUCUCGAGAGUUUGCAGGCAGGCUGAUACUUUAAACUUGUGUUCUUUAAAACAUUCUCGAAUGAUUUCUUCUAGGAAUGAGUAACUGUCCUCAGGAUAUAUAAUUUCUAAAAAGGUGUGCCUUGCCAAAGUAUUCAUACCCAGUGAAUUAUUUCACAUUUUGUUACAGAAACCGUAACUAAAAACUAAAAAGUGUGUCAUGCACUUUUCCAGCUCUGAUUCUUCUUUACAAACUAUCUCAAACUUAGUCAGAUUAGAUGUAGAACAUCUGUGAACACCAGUUUCAAGUCUUGCCACAAAUUCUUAAAUGGAUAUUGAUCUGACCUUUGACUGGGCCAUUCUAAUAUGCUCUGGCUGUAUGUUUAGGGUUAUUGUUCUGCUUAAAGGGGGACCUUCACCUUCCAGGCUUUUGCAGCAUCGAAAAGUAAUUAGCUUCAUCGAUCUUACAAUCAAUCCAUGACCAUCUUCCCUCUCACUACUGAAGAAAACAUCCCAACAGCUUUAUACUGCCAUAACCACGUUUCAUUAAAGGGAUGUUGCAUUCAGGGUAAUGUGUAGUGUUGGUUUUCCUUCACACAACAUUUUGCAUGUAGGCUAAAUAGUUAAAUGUUUAUCUCAUCUGACCAUAUGUCUGAUAUGUCCUUUGUAUGGAUACAACGUUUUUCUUUGUGCUACUCUGACGACCAGAUUUGUGGAGUGCACAGCUAAUAGUUGUCCUUGGUGUCCUGUUGAGAGAUUCUUCUACCUGAGCUGUGGACCUCAGCAGCUCCUCCAGAGUCACCAUGGACCUCUUGUCUGAGCAUUGCCCAUCUCAUCAAGCCUGUCAGUUUAUUUGAACAGGAAUAUCUUGCUGUGUUUGCAGUUGUGCCAUACCCUCUUCACAAAAAAUCCGGAGAAAAUACAUUGAUCUUUGUGAUUGUUAUGAAACAUGUAGAAAAGUUCAAGGGUUCAGAAUACUUUAGCAAAGCACCAUUCAAAUGGGUUUCAUUGAAAUGAUCACAAAUGGACAUGAGGUUGUAAACCACUUUUAUGAUCGAUGCUAUGUUUAUGAUCGCGUCAUGUAGCAGUUUCUUUUCAGUAGAGGAAUGGCUGCCGGUGUAUUAGGCCAUUCACACAUGGACAGGUAUGAAUGUUUGCUCUGAAGAGAAAAAAAUAGCUGUAUUAUAUUUUUGUAUCACUGAUGAGGCUCUUUAUUAAACACGUUCCAAUGGAUAGACCAGUGCCACAUAAUAAUCCAGUUGAUCAAACGUUUUUACUUUCGUUGUAAAUCACUGCCAUUUUGUAUAUAAAGACAAGUGAGUAAUAUGGUCUGCGUGGAUGGUCGUUUGGCCUCUAGCCAUUUUUGCAGGAUUAUGGUAAAAUAACUGAAUAUUGGAGAAAAAAGAAAACUGGACCCACCUCACUUAGUGAAAGACAGCUGUCUCUGUGAUGAUGAUGUUCUCCACCACUUUGUCGACAUUUAACACUGAUUGUUGUACAGUAUGUAUGCAUAUACGUUUUUUGUCUAUAAAUGGUCUUGAAGGUACAUGUUCCUACAUGAUGUAUAAUGAACCUUGUAAUGGUAAUAAAUCUAUGAUUCAAAUGAU